AUGGCCGCGCAGAGGGAGAAGUCCGCCGCGGCCGUCGCGGUCGCCGCAGCACACAGCGCUGCGGGGUCGGGGUCUCCUUCUCCUUCGUCGUCAUCUGGAGGUCCGGCGGCUGCGGCGGCGGCGUCCUCGUCGGGGGAGCGGUGGAGUGCCGCGAUCGGGAACCUGGGGGAGCUCGGCGCCAACGUGGACGCGCUGCAGAAGCUGCUCGGGCGGAAGGCCGUCUUCGUCGACGACGACAUCUUCUCCAAGGCCUCCCUCGCCGCCGACCAGGCCCGCACCAUUAAGGUUCUUGACCAGAGGGUGCAGUCUCUGGAACGCGAACUCGAUGCCGCCAUUUCUGCAGCAGCUCGAGCUCGUACAGAGAAACGUCAGGCCGAAGCUGCACAACGAGCUGCAGAGUUACGCACACAGGAGGUCACAAAGGAACUGGAGAAUACUGCAAGAGUGUUUGAGCUGCACAUGGAGGAGUUGCGGCUGAAGCAAGAGGAGAUUGCGAAGAAAGAUAGCGAUAUCAAGGUGUUAGAAGCGAUAAUACGAACCCUUAGUAGCAAAGAUGACACCCUUAGUAGCAAAGAUGAUGAUGGAUCCAGCGAAUAA